GAGAGAUGAGAGCACAGAUUUCAACAGCCCUCCUCGUAAGGAAUAAACGCUAAGAUGAGUAAAUAACAGGACAAAGGAUUCAAAGCAGAACAAGUCAGUGUGUUGACCAAGUGCUGCUGCAGGUCUCUGUUGGGUUGCUUUAAUUCCAGACUGCGGUAACUGAGGAAUCACUCAUAACUGGACUCUAGAAGCAGACGGACAACAGUUGCAUCAUGGGGAUCACAGUCUACAACAUCUCGUCCACCACCGCGAGAGUGAACUGGUCGCCGUCGCCCACCUGCCUGGACACCUUCUACAGCGUCAUGUACCACCCCAACUGGAACAGCCUCGCCAUGAGCUACAAACGCAAGAGCUUCAUGCAUGAGGAUCGGAUCCCGGUCAGCCAGACCAGCACGCACGUGGCCAACCUCCUCCCUCAGACCGCCUACUUCCUGUGUGUGACUUGUCAGGCGGCCAAUCCGGUGCAGGAUCAGUGCCAGGUGUUCAGCACCCUGAGCGAGAACGCCGAAGGUCACGACAGAGCCGGCUGGGAGUUUGCCGCGGGCGUCUGGCUGACCUGCUGCCUGUUACUGCUGGUCAUCGCCGGCAUCCUGAUGUGGGGGUGUCUCCACAACAUCUGCCCCUUCCCCGGUCAGGGUGGAGGCGGCUGCAACGUGAUGACCAACUCGAACCACCAAGACAUGUCCGGAUCGGGACGUCUCUACACGCACAGACGCAGCAGCACAGACAGCUCGAAACACGGCGCGAACAUCCAGCGGCCGCUCCUCUCCACGCAGAGAGGCAGCCACGUAAUUACCCAGGACCAUGAGCUGAGGACACUCGCUAAGCUGUCGGGCAGCGAGCCAGUAUGAAUCAUCUGGAUUAAGGUCAUCACAGCAUUGUUUUGCACGGACUGAAACGCCAACGAGUCCGAUAAUACACUAAUGAAAUCUUACCGAGCCCAGGAGGUGACAUGGAGGGAAAAAAAUCAAUUUUCAAUUUAAUAAUUUGAGCUCUCAGUGGGAUACUGUUUUUAGCCUGAU